CGUGAAAACAACCGAACUUCGGACACUUUCCCGAAGUUUGACAAGUGUUGUAUGUAGUUGUGAAAAUCUUCUCACUCAAAACAAGCCCGCUCGCCGCAACUUUGCAUCGCGGCUAGAUAUUUUUACAAAAAUUAAAGUGAAACUCUAAGCUCGAAACGUUGCAAAUAAGUUUAUUCUUUAGAAUAAACGAUGCAGCAGCGAGCGCAAUAGAAUUGAAGCACAAAAGUGAGCAAACGAAUCCAGCAUAGUGAAUCCCAGUUUGUUGUUUUGCACACCGCCUGCAUUGUUGUGCAUAUGAUGCCCCUCCGCGACCGGGAUUACGCACGCCAGACAACAUUUCUACUAACACAAUAAUUUUCUUGCAAGCAAAUUAUCCAAACGACUGCAAAACCAUGAGUAACAGUAACAGCGACAACGAAAAUGAGGGAGGUCUCAAUUUGGCUGGCUUCCUGUUCGGGAACGUCGACGAAAAUGGGCACCUGGAUGGGGAUUUUCUUGACGAGGAAGCAAAGCAGCAGCUGUCUUCGCUCUCCCGCAUGGGUCUGUCGUCCUUUCUCGCGGACGUUCUGCAAGAUGACGAUGCCGAGAAGCCCACUCGACGCCCGUACAGCGAUAGUGACGAUUCUUCCUCGAGCGAUGACGAUCGGCGACGCUACGACGAUGACAGUGACGGAGCGAACUACAAAAUCAAAGCCGAUUGUGCGGUGGAUUAUUCGGACAUUACCGAGCUGGCGGAAGAGUCAGCAGUUCCUCCGCCGGCGGUAAGCAAGACGGAGGAAACCGACGAAGCGAAGGAGGAGGACAAAAAGAAUAUCAAAGUAGAAGAUGAUAUCGAUGAUAUUGAAGCGGCGAUACCGUGCACACGCGUCGAUGCCCGAGGAACUUCUGAUACGACCGCCGUGAAGGAAGAAAAUGCCAGUGGCGCGGACGGUGUGGACGAUAAGGACCUUAUGCCCCCUCCGACGGCCCCGGUUAGUGCUGACGGCACUAACGGCACUACCGGCACCUCCACCACCGCCACCACCACGGACGACGCUUCGAAGGAUAAACCGAAAAAGCUAGAAACCCCGCUAGCCGCAAUGUUACCGUCCAAGUAUCAAAACGUAGACGUGCGCGAGUUCUUCCCCGACUUUCGACCGGACAAGGUGUUGCGCUUCUCGCGCCUUUUCGGGCCGGGCAAAAUUUCCAGCCUACCGCAGAUUUGGCGCAGCGUAAGGCGACGACGAAACAAAAAGUCCCAAUCAUCCUCCAGGAAACCGCGCGACGGUUCCGAUUCGACGUCGGACUCGGACGAACCGAGGCGUCGGCAGUACUUCACGCCCACCUACGCAUCGCUCCCGCCGAAGGACAUGUGGGCGUCGGAUGAAGAGUUGCGCUUUACGAGCCGCGAAGCGGACGAGGAGAAGGAAAUCAAGGAUAAAGAGUCGGACAGCAAGGGCGACUCGAAGCCGAAGGUGGCCGACUGGCGCUACGGACCGGCGCAAAAGUGGUACGACAUGUUGGAUGUGCCGGAUACGGGUGAAGAUUUCAACUACGGCUUUAAGCAAGCGGAUCCGGCAAAGCUCGAAGCACUGCCUUCGGUAACGUCCGUCACCGACAACAAAGCGUUCCCGGACGACGCGUUUCUGAUGGUGUCGCAGCUGCACUGGGAGGACGACGUGGUGUGGGACGGGAACGACAUCAAGCACAAGGUGCUGCAGAAGCUGAACUCGAAGGUGAAUGCGGCCGGCUGGUUGCCGUCGAGCGGUUCACGCACCGCCGGAGCAUUCAGUCAGCCGGGAAAGACGCUGCCAGCAUCGCCCGCCAGCACGGGCUCGAAAGGGUCGAGCGGUAGCAAGAUGAGCAAAACGCAAAUGAUCAUCAAUGCGGCCCAGAAGGCACAGGAAGAAAAUGAGGACGCCUGGUACAGCAUCUUCCCGGUGGAGAACGACGAGCUCGUGUACGACAAGUGGGAGGAUGACGUGAUUUGGGACGCGGAAGCAGUGACCAAGAUUCCGAAACCGAAGGUCCUGACGCUGGAUGCAAACGACGAGAACAUUAUUCUCUGCAUUCCGGACGAUAUCGAUCCGUCGAAGAUCGUGCGCAACACCGGACCACAGCCGAAGGUGAAGAUUCCCCAUCCGCACGUGAAGAAAUCAAAGAUCCUGCUGGGCAAAGCGGGCGUCAUUAACGUGUUGGCCGAGGACACGCCGCCACCACCGCCCAAGAGCCCCGAUCGCGAUCCGUACAACAUUUCCAACGACGUGUUCUACAUGGCCAAAUCGACGGAAGCGACGCUCAAGAUCAAGGUCGGCGGUGGCAACCUGCUGCAGCACUCGACACCGACCGUAGAGCUGCGGGCACCGUUCGUACCGACGCACAUGGGACCGAUGAAGCUGCGCAUGUUCCAUCGGCCGCCAAUGAAAAAGUACUCGUAUGGUUCGCUCGCCUCCAGCAAUCCGCAACCGGUGCUGCCGCUGCAGAAGCACAUCAAGAAGAAGGCCAAGCAGCGAGAGCUGGAGCGUAUUGCGUCGGGCGGUGGCGAUGUGUUCUUCAUGCGCACCCCGGAAGAUCUUACCGGCCGGGAUGGCGAGCUGAUCUUGAUCGAGUUUUGCGAGGAACAUCCGCCGCUGAUGAAUCAGGUCGGCAUGGCAUCGAAGAUAAAGAACUUUUACAAGCGCAAAAUGGGCAAGGAUCCCGGACCGCCCGAGUUCCGCUUCGGCGAGACGCACUACGCCCACACGUCACCCUUCCUGGGCAUUCUUCACCACGGGCAGUGCAUUCAGGCAAUCGAGAACAACAUGUACCGGGCGCCGAUCUAUCCGCACACGAUACAGGAAACAGACUUUCUCGUGAUUCGUACCCGCAACAAUUACUUCGUGCGCGAGAUGGACGCCCUGUUCACGGCCGGCCAGGAGUGCCCGCUGUACGAGGUGCCCGGACCGAACUCGAAGCGUGCUAACAACUUCGUGCGUGACUUUCUGCAGGUGUUCAUCUACCGGCUGUUCUGGAAGAGCAGGGACAAUCCGCGCAAGAUCCGGAUGGACGACAUCAAGAAAGCGUUCCCGGCGCACUCGGAGAGCAGCAUUCGCAAGCGGCUGAAGCUGUGUGCGGAUUUCAAGCGCACCGGCAUGGAUUCGAACUUUUGGGUCAUUAAGCCCGAGUUCCGGCUGCCGUCGGAGGAGGAGAUACGUGCGAUGGUCUCGCCGGAACAGUGCUGCGCGUACUUUAGCAUGAUCGCAGCCGAGCAGCGGCUGAAGGAUGCGGGCUACGGCGAGAAGUUUAUCUUCGCCCAGCAGGAGGACGAUGACGAGGAGAUGCAGCUGAAGAUGGACGAUGAGGUGAAGGUAGCUCCGUGGAAUACGACCCGCGCCUACAUACAGGCAAUGCGGGGGAAGUGUAUCCUGCAGCUGAACGGACCGGCCGACCCGACCGGCUGCGGGGAAGGGUUUUCCUACGUGCGAAUGCCCAACAAACCAACCCAACAAAACAAAGAGGAAACGGAAAGCCAACCGAAGCGUACCGUCACCGGUACGGAUGCCGAUUUGCGGCGAUUGUCGCUAAACAAUGCUAAAGCACUGCUGCGCAAGUUCCAGGUGCCGGAGGAGGAAAUCAAGAAGCUGUCCCGCUGGGAAGUUAUCGACGUCGUGCGCACGCUUUCGACCGAGAAGGCCAAGGCGGGCGAGGAAGGCAUGGACAAGUUCUCGCGUGGCAACCGGUUCUCGAUCGCCGAGCACCAGGAGCGCUACAAGGAGGAAUGCCAACGCAUCUUCGAUCUGCAGAACCGUGUGCUAGCCUCGUCCGAGGUGCUGUCCACGGACGAGGGCGAAUCGACCGCGUCGGAGGAGUCCGAUCUGGAGGAGCUGGGCAAGAAUCUGGAGAACAUGCUGGCGAACAAGAAAACGUCUACCCAGCUGUCGCUCGAGCGCGAGGAACAGGAGCGGCAAGAGCUGCUGCGAAAGAUCAUGGAAGAGCAGGGUGGUUCGGGGCAGAAGAAGAAAAAGGACGACGAAGGCAUGAAGGACGAGCAGCAGUCGAGCACGGCGAAGAUUUUGAAAAUCACGCGCACCUUCAAGAAUGCCGAGGGGCGCGAGUACACCCGCGUGGAGCUGGUGCGGCGCAGUCCCGUGAUUGAUGCGUACGUGAAAAUACGCACCACCAAGGAUGAAGCGUUUAUUCGCCAGUUUGCCACACUCGACGAAGCCCUGAAGGAGGAGAUGAAGCGCGAGAAACGACGAAUCCAGGAGCAGCUGCGGCGUAUCAAGCGAAACCAGCAAAAGAUCGGCAUGCAAAUGCAGAAUCCGCACAGUUCGGUCGGUACGCCCAUCAGCCUGGGGGAUCGGGAAACGAACACGCCGAAACCGUUUGCCAACCGCAUGCUCGACAUAUCCGGGCGCAGUCUGGACGGUUCCGGGGCGGGGCCUUCCGGUGCGGGCGCAGCAGGCACCCCGGGAGCGGGCAAGGAGCACAGCCCUUCGUCGUCGUCGCGCCGAAAGGCAAAGAUCAAGCCGGACCUGAAGCUCAAGUGUGGCGCCUGCGGUCAGGUCGGCCACAUGCGUACCAACAAAGCGUGUCCGCAGUAUUCGGGCAUUUUGGCUACGCCUUCACUAAACGUUGCCAUGACCGAGGAGCAGGAGGAGGAGAUCGAGAAGGAGCUGAACGCUGACGACGAGGGCGACCUGGUGAACGUCGACGGCACGAAGGUGAAGCUCAGCAGUAAGCUGCUGAAACGCCACGAAGACGUGAAGCGCCGAACGCUGCUGCUGAAGGUUCCGAAGGAGGCGGUCGGUAAGAAGCGCCGCCGGGUCGGGGGCGAUUCACACUGCGACUAUCUGCAGCGGCACAACAAAACCACGAAUCGCCAGCGCACCGAUCCGGUGGUGGUGUUUUCGUCCGUGCUGGAGCAGGUGCUGAACGAAUUGCGCGAUAUGCAGGACGUGCAACCGUUCCUGUUUCCGGUCAAUGCGAAGCAGGUGGUCGACUAUCACAAGAUCGUGCAGCGACCGAUGGAUCUGCAGACGAUACGCGACAAUGUGCGGCAGAAGAAGUACCAAACGCGCGACGAGUUCCUCAUGGACAUCAACCAGAUCGUAGAGAAUUCGGCUCUGUACAAUGGGGCGAAAAGUUCGCUCACGGUCGCGGCCCAGCGCCUGCUCGAGCGGUGUAAGGAAAGCAUACAGGAGCGGGAAGAGCGGCUGACGCGGCUCGAGAAAAGCAUCAAUCCACUGCUGGACGAUGAUGACCAGGUCGCACUGUCCUACAUUCUGGGCGAGUACGUCAAUGGACAGCUGAAGUCGAUGCCGGAAAGCUGGCCGUUCCUGAAACCGGUCAACAAGCGGCUGGUGAAGGAUUACUACACCAUCAUCCGCCGACCGAUGGAUCUGGAGAAGGUGUCGAAGAAGGUCGCUUCGCAUAAGUACCACUCGAGGAUCGAUUUUCUCGCCGACCUGCAUCUGAUUGCGGACAACAGCGAGCAGUACAAUGGUGCCGAGGCAAACUUUACUAAGCAGGCCCGCCAGAUGGUGGAAGCCGCCCGGCAGGCGCUGGACGCGAUGGAGCACAGCGUGGUCCAUUUGGAGAGGAACAUUGCCCUGGUGCAGGAACGGGCGCGCAAUGAGGACGAUGACAUGGACUGGGAGGACGAUGAGCAGGAGUCGAAGGGCGAUGCAGGCGGUGGUUCUCGCGACACUACGCCCGACCUGGAUGACGGCGGUAACGAUAGCAACCCCGACAGACCACCCUCUUCAACCGAUGCAUCGAAGGCAGCGCGGGCAGAGGCGAAGCGUGCUCGAGCUCGUCAACGCAAAGCCGCCAAGGACGAUGAUUUUGCCCGCCGACCGUACGGUACGGCCUAUUCCGAGUCGGCAAUGCCUUUCCCAAUCGUUCGACCGAAUGCCAUUCCUUCGUAUCACCGCCCUGGGCCGAAGCUCGGUUCGAAUGUGGGUGGAAUGGCGGGUUUUGUGGGCAACACGGAGGCACCGCGUGCAAUUUCCCGUAGCAGCAGUAGCACGGUGCCCGAGAGCUCGCAGAUGAUGCAUCCUAACGUAGCUGCUUCGGCAUACGAAAUGAACUGGAUGAAUCUGGGUGCGGACAACUAUGAUGAAAUGCCAGGACCAUCUUCCGGGUACGGUAGUUUCCCGAACCAGUACGGAAAUGAGUACGGCGGUAGCGGUGCCAUUUCGGCCGGGUUUAACGAAUCGCAGUCUUCGCUACUUCCGGAUAGCUUUGGCUAUGACGCACGAAACCAAUCCACCUUCCAACCCAUUCGGUUGGCCACUGCACAAAAACGAGCAGGUCAUCAAUAUUCAACGGAUGAUGAAGAGUUUGAGGAAGUGGGCACAAGCGAUAAUGAAGGCGUCUCUGUAACGCUGGAGCAGUCGAACACGACCUCCAGUAUGAUGCCUCCGCAAAGCGAGGACGACAGCCAGCAAGCAGCAGAGGCGAUGGUUCAGCUCAGCAGUGCACAGUACUACAACUCGGCCCAGGAUGAAUCCAUGGAGAUCGACCCCAACUACGAUCCGAGUGAUUUCUUAGGCAUGUCCAGCCGGCAGCAGACAGGUGACUCAGGACGCAACGACGCAGGCAUUCAACAAUCUUUGGAAGCAAGCUAUUCCGUGGAUCAGAACGCUCCUAGCAGCGAAUACUCUCAAGAAGCUGGCAGACAGGAAGCCAACGACCAGCAGCAGCAGCAGCAGCAAUUUCAGUAUCAACCCGACCCGACUGGUCAGUCGAUGGACAAUCCAUCCCAGCAACCUGCUGCCCUUCCGACGCUGCAAACGCUACACUCGGAUCUGGCCAUUUCCGACAGCGAUGAUGAGAAGACCAACUUGCAGAUGGAUGAGGUGCGAGACGAUAACGAUGAUAACGAUGAGGGUGGUGAUCUUUGGUUCUAAAUGCGGAUAUGUUAUGUUUAGGUGGAUAUAUAGUGAAGUACAGAAAUAAAACCUGCAAACAAAAUGCAAAAUCGACAA